UUUUUAUUCAUGUAGCAGUGUGGAUAUUUAACUUAUCUUUCUGAGUCACAAGUGUUUGUAUUUAACAUUUCAUUCAUUUCUGUCAUUUCAGCAAAUAACUAAUACAAAUAAAUACCUCCUAUGUAUACUUCUGGAAAUGUGCACAUUUCUUUUCUUAAAAAUUGUCUGCCAAUAAAGAACUUUUAUAACUCUACAACAGAAAGACAAAUAACCCAAUUAAAAAAUAGUCAAAGAACUUGAAUGAAUAGAUAUUUCUCCAAAGGAGAGAAACAAAUGUCCAACAAAUUCAUGAAAAUAUGCUCACUGUCAUUAGUUAUGGGGAAAAUGCAAAUGAAAGCCACAAGGAAGACAGCACUUUAUACCCACUAGACUGGCCAUAAAAAACAACGCAAAACAAAAACAGAAAUAAGCGUUGGUGAGGAUGAUGAGAAAUUAGAAUGCUAAUACAUUGCUUAUGGGAAGGUAAAAUGGCACAGCCACUGUAGAAAAGAGUUUGAUGAUUCCGCAGUAAAUUAAACAUGUGAUCUAGACAUUCCACUCAUAGGUAUAUAAACAAAAAAUUGAACAUAAGUGUUCAGACAAAAACCUGUACAUGAAUGUUUAUAGCAACUCUAUUCUAUUCACAAUAGGAGAAGGGUAGAAAGAACCGAAAUGCCCAUUAACAGAUGAAUGGAUAAACAAAAUGUAGUAUAUUCCUUCAAUGGUAUAUUUUCAGCUAUAAAAGAGAAUGAAGUACUGAUACAUGCUACAACAUAGACGAAUCUUGAAAACAUUAUGCUAAUAAAAGAAACCAGACACAAAAGGCCACAUAGUAUAUGGUUCUAUUGAUAUGAAAUAUCCGAAAAAGGCAAAUCCAUAGAGACAUAAAGGGAAUUAAUGAUUGCCUGGGGCUUGGGGGUGGUGAGAAUGUGGAAUGACUAAUGUGGGUAUGUGGUUUCUGUUUCUGUUGAUGAAAAUGUUCUGGAACUAGAUAGUGGUGGUGUUUGCCUAACAUGGUGAAUGUAGCUAAUGCUGCUGAGUUGUUCUUUAUUUGUAGCCAUUUCAUUUAUUUAGUUAUUAUUUUUAUUUUUUGAGACCGUGUCGCUUUAUUACCCAGGCUGGAGUGCAGUGGCGUGAUCUCGGCUCACUGCAACCUCUGCCUCCAGUAUUCAAAUGAUUCUCCUGCCUCAGCCUCCCUAGUAGCUGGGAUUACUGGCAUUCACUACCACUCCCAGCUAAUUUUUGUAUUUUUAGCAGAGACAAGGUUUCACCACGUUGUCUAGGCUGGUCUUGAACUCCUGGCCUCAAGUGAUCUGCCAGGUUUGGCCUCCCAAAGUGCUGGGAUUGCAGGUGUGAGCCACAGCACCUGGCCUAUUUGUAGCCAUUUUAAAUGGCUUGUGCAUAAUAGAAGAUAUUUCACUGCUUUUCAAAAUAAUCUUUUUAUGAUGAGGUGAAAUGAUGUCCUUUCGAUUGAAUGACAUGCAGCAAUUAAAAAUGUGCAUUAUACUGAUUUGGGGCCAAACACGUAACUUAUGUGGUUAGACUUCCCAGUCUUAACUCCAGUCAAAUCUCAUAGGCUAUGAAGGCCGAAUGGUAUUUCUUUUUUUUUUUUUGAGUCGGAGUCUCAGUCUGUUGCCCAGGCUGGAGUCAGUGGUAUGAUCUCGGCUCACCGCAAUCUUCCCCUCCCAGGUUCAAGCGACUCUCCUGCCUCAGCCUCCUGAGUAGUUGGGACCACAGUCAUGCACUAUUACACCUGGCUAAUUUUUGUAUUUUUUAGUGGAGACUGGGUUUCACCAUAUUGGCCAGGCUGGUCUGGAAUUCCUGACCUAGUGAUCCUCCUGCCAAGGCCUCCCAAAGUGCUGGAAUUACAGGUGUUAGCCACGGUGCCCGGCCAAUGCUAUAUUUCAAGUCACAGGUGUGGAGUCGGGGUAGACAUCAAAGUACACAUGGUGCCCGGCCAAUGCUGUAUUUCAAGUCACAGGUGUGGAGUCGGGGUAGACAUCAAAGUACACAUUUUCAGAGUUAAGUGGAAUUCAGUGAAUUCAAAUCCUGGCUUUUCUGAUAACAAAUGUGGAACUUCAGGGAAGUUACAGUAACCUCACAAGUGUUUCCGCCCUAGUAAAAAAUGGAGAUAGAUAAUAUCUAAUUGAAGGUGACAUAUUAAUUGAAUGAGUUCGUAUAUGAAAAGUGCUUAGGACUGGACUCAGCAUAUGGCAAAUGUUCAGUAGGUUAGCGAGUUCUAAGACAGGGCUUAUAAAUAUACUUUUUCUAAUUUUUUUUGUGAGAAAUUCACCUUCAGUGAGAAGGAAGUCCACUUAUCUUGCCUGCCUUGGCAGGAUUCUAAUUGGAAGGGUGUCUUUUAACAUCCUGACUAGAACCUCAUGCAGAGAUGGUAAUUUUUUGAUUAAAUGAGGUCAAUAGUUAAAGUGGUCAUCUCUCUAUUUCUACAGUCCCUCAACCCCCAUCUCAGCUCUCCCCAAGUAUUAUGGAACCCUUUCUGCCAAAGAGGGCAGUUCUAGCUUUCAGGAAUAUUCUGCCAGCUCAAUAUGCAUCUCCUUACUUAUCAAUAGUAAGAAAGUAUUUGAUGGACAAAGAAAGAGAAGAUUAUUGCCUGUUUGAAGUUUAAAAAGAAAGCCAGAAGAAAAAAAGAAAAAAGAACAAAAGAUAAAGUAGAUCUUGUUUCUUCAACCACGCUCCAAAUUACUGAUUUCAAACUCUUUCCAAGGAUCCGAACUGUUCAGUAAUGUGGGCUCCGCUCUCUCUGAUAUCCAGCCAGAAGCUGACAGAAAAACUCAAAGGAAAUCAUGACUCUUGCAAAACAAAAGACAAAGGGUGUACAAAGCAUCAUCAUUCGAGUGGGAAACCUGCUUGAUAGUCCCAGCUCAGCACAAGGCUUUCCACGUCUCCUUGACAUUAGUCAGCUGGAUGUCAGCUGUGCUAAAGCAGUUUUGCCAAGGGGUGUGAAGAAAACACUUAAGUGUAAAACUUAUUCCUUGAUCCUCAAGGAGCUUACAACAGCGUUGGAGAGAUUAACCGUGUAACUGACACUCCAGGGCGGGCAAUGAAACGUGACACAGGCGUUGGCAGGGUUCUUGAAGGAGGGAGAUUUCACAGUUAAGGAUCAUUUGGGGUUGAGGGCUAGUCAAAGAAGGCUUUAAGAGGUGGGGUGUAAGUGGCGGGCAGGGCUUCAGGUGGGAGGGAAAUUCAGGCGAUCCUAGCCAAGGAUUCAGGCACAGCACGUCCGGAUUGCUUGCCUGGCGGACCCGCCUCACACUUUCGGGCCACGGCGCGUGCGUAACCCAACGUUCGCGCUGGGCGCAAGGCCCGCGGGAAGCCGGCCAGGGCCGGAGAACACGAGACGCCGCGGGCCAAGGCGGGAAAAGACUCGCGCAUGCGCGGCUCUGUGUUCCGGGCUCCUGGUUGGGAAAAGAGAGGUGGAGUUUCUAAGAGGGAACUUGACCCGUUAGCAGCCGCAGCCAUGGCUGGGCGUUCGCCUCCCUCACCGCCCCCUCCACCCCCGGCGCGACAGUUGGGCCCCAGGUCCCCACGUGUUGGGCGGGGAGCUGAGGUACACGCAGUGCGCAGCGAGGCCUCGGGUCUUGCCGGCGCAGCCCAGGAGGUGGUGGCAGACAAAAGUGAUAUAAUCUGGCUGGGCGAAAAAGGGUCAAGGGGCCGGCAAGGGCCUAGGGGGGCAGCUCCGGCUCAUGGUCCUCUCCUCAGCGCGCCCAUGGGGUCCAGGGGGCUAGAGGGCAUCUCGGUAGAGGAGGCGAUGGUGACCCGGACGCAGCUGCUGGAGGAAGAGCUGAGCAGCCUAAAGGAGGAAUUGGCCCUGUGUCAGGCUGAUAAAGAAUUUGUAUGGUCUUUGUGGAAACGUCUCCAGGUGACAAACCCAGAUCUCACACAAGUGGUCAGUUUGGUUGUAGAAAGAGAAAAACAGAAAUCUGAAGCUAAAGACAGAAAAGUUCUAGAAAUUCUACAAGUCAAGGACGCCAAAAUACAAGAAUUUGAACAGACAGAAUUACUACUGAAACAGGAAAUAAAUGACCUUGUGAAACGCAAGACUGCAGUAGAUGAAGAAAAUGCUUUCUUAAGGAAAGAAUUCAGUGAGUUGGAGAAGAAAUUUAAAGAUAAAAGUCAAGAAAUUAAGGACACUAAGGAGUGUGUACAGAACAAAGAAGAGCAAAACAGACUAGUUAUAAAAAAUCUGGAGGAGGAAAACCAGAAAUUAAGUACCCGCUGUGCUGACCUGCUAAAUGACCUGGAUAAACUGAGGAAGCAGGAAGCACAUUGGAGAAAAGAAAAAUAUAGCACUGAUGCAAAAAUAAAGGCCUUUGAAGACAACUUAAUUGAAGCAAGGAAAGAAAUUGAAGUAUUACAGAGUAAAUAUAAUACUCUAUCAUUACAGUUGAAUAAUAAACAGACUGAACUUAUCCAGAAGGAUAUGGAUAUUACCCUGGUCAGGCAAGAAUUGCAGGAGCUGCAGAAUCUUUACAAACAGAACAGUACACAUACAGCUCAGCAAGCAGAGCUGAUCCAGCAGCUUCAGGUUCUCAAUAUGGACACACAAAAAGCACUGAGAAAUCAGGAAGAUGUUCACACAGCUGAAAGUAUAUCAUAUCAAAAACUUUACAAUGAGUUACAUAUUUGUUUUGAAACCACAAAAUCGAAUGAAGCUAUGCUCCGGCAAAGUGUUAUUAAUCUUCAGGAUCAGCUAUUUCAAAAAGAGCAAGAAAAUGCUAAGUUAAAAGAAAAACUUCAGGAAUCACAGGGAGCACCUCAUCCUUUACCUCAAGAAAAUGAUUCAGACUACUCAGUGCAGGUACCUUGUCACCCAUCUUUAUCAAGCUUAGAAACAUUAAUGGUGUCACAGAAGUCUGAAAUCGAGUAUUUACAGGAGAAACUAAAGAUAGCAAAUAAAAAACUGUCAGAAAACUUAUCUGCCAACAAAGCUUUCUCAGAAAAGAGCAUCAGGACAAGUGCUGAAGGAAAACAUAAGGAACCACCUGUGAAACGUUCAAGGUCUUUGUCCCCAAAGAGCUCUUUCACAGACUCAGAGGAGCUACGGAAGCUGAGAAAAGCUGAAAGAAAGAUUGAAAACUUAGAGAAGGCACUACAACUAAAGAACCAAGAAAAUGAUGAGCUAAGAGAUGCCCAUGAAAAACGCAAGGAAAGGCUGCAGAUGUUACAGACCAACUACAGAGCAGUAAAAGAGCAAUUAAAACAGUGGGAAGAAGGCAGUGGCAUGACUGAAAUCAGAAAAAUAAAGAGAGCAGAUCCCCAGCAACUUCGACAAGAAGAUUCUGAUGCUGUGUGGAAUGAACUGGCAUAUUUCAAAAGGGAAAACCAGGAGCUAAUGAUUCAAAAGAUGAAUCUUGAAGAAGAAUUAGAUGAACUUAAAGUACAUAUAUCUAUUGAUAAGGCAGCAAUACAAGAAUUGAAUAGAUGUAUGGCAGAGAGAAGAGAAGAACAACUCUUUAGAUCUGGUGAAGAUGAUGAGGUCAAGAAAAGUACUCCAGAGAAGAAUGGAAAAGAAAUGUUGGAGCAGACAUUACAGAAGGUCAUUGAGUUGGAAAAUCGGCUAAAAUCUUUUGAGAAAAGGUCAAGGAAAUUAAAAGAAGGGAAUAAAAAAUUAAUGAAAGAAAAUGAUUUUCUGAAAUCCCGCUUAAAGCAGCAACAAGAAGAUACAGAGGCCAGAGAAAAAGAGCUAGAACAGAUAAUAAAGGGGAGUAAAGAUGUAGAAAAAGUAAAUACUGAACUUCAAGUAAAAAUCAGUGAGCUGGAGAGAGAAGUCACUUCCCUGAGGAGACAAGUGACAGAAGCUAAUGCAUUGAGAAAUGAAAAUGAAGAGCUGAUGAGCCCAAUGGAGAAAUCAAAACAGUCAGCAGACAAAGCUAAAUCUGAGAUGGCCACAACGGAAGUGAGAUCUGGGCGAUAUGAUUGUAAGACAACUACAACCAAGGUUAAAUUUAAAGCUGCCAAGAAAAAUUGCUCUGUGGGUCGUCACCACACUGUUCUCAAUCACUCCAUCAAGGUUGUGAGCAAUGUGUUUGAGAACCUCAGCAAGGACGGCUGGGAGGAUGUGAGUGAAAACAGCAGUGAUUCUGAAGCACAGACCUCUCAAACAUUGGGAACAAUUAUUGUAGAAACAUCCCAGAAAAUAAGUCCUACAGAAGAUGAAAAAGACCAGAAAGAAAGUAAUCCAACAGAAGAUAGCCAAACACAAGGAAAAGAAGUAAUACAGACAUAUUUAAAUAUAGAUGGCAAGACCCCAAAGGACUAUUUUCAUGAUAAGAAUGCCAAAAAAACAACUUUUCAAAAGAAGAAUUGUAAGAUGCAAAAGAAUUCACAUACAGCAGUUCCUACUAGAGCCAACAGAGAAAAGUACAAAAAUAUAACUGCCCAGAAAUCAACUAGCAAUAUUAUUUUAUUACGAGAACGGAUUAUAUCCUUGCAACAACAAAACAGUGUACUUCAGAAUGCCAAGAAAACAGCAGAAUUGUCUGUUAAAGAAUAUAAAGAAGUUAAUGAAAAGCUCCUCCAUCAACAGCAAGUAUCUGAUCAACGAUUUCAGACAAGUAGGCAGACAAUAAAGAAGCUGAAUUUGGAUUUGGCUGGGCUUCGGAAAGAAAAAGAAGAUUUACUAAAGAAAUUGGAGUCCUCAUCUGAAAUCACAAGUUUGGCAGAAGAAAUUUCCCAAGUAGCAGUUCCACGGAUACAAGUUACAUCACUUGGUCCUUCAAGGAGCAUGGAUUUCGAAAUGAAGCAAUUGCAGUGUAAACUAAAGAAUGCAACUAAUGAGCUCACUAAACAGUCAUCAAAUGUGAAGUCUUUGAAAUUUGAACUCCUGGCAAAAGAAGAACACAUAAAGGAAAUGCAUGAGAAGAUGUCUCGAAUGGAGAGGGAUAUAACUAUGAAAAGACAUUUGAUAGAGGACUUGAAAUUUCGGCAGAAAGUGAAUUUGGAAAGUAGUGAGAGUCUUAGUGAAAUGUUAGAAAAUCUUGAUAAAAAGGUAAAGACAUUAACUGAAGAAUGUUCCAACAAGAAAGUAUCAAUUGAUUCACUAAAGCAAAGACUUACUGUUGCUGUAAAAGAAAAGUCACAGUAUGAGCAGAUGUAUCAAAAAUCUAAAGAGGAGUUAGAAAAAAAGGAUCUCAAACUUACUCUCCUAGUAUCAAAAAUAAAUGAGACUGAAUCUGCAAUGGCAGAAAUUGAAACAGCAGCAUCUAAGCAGCUUCAAGUAUUAGCACUGCAAAGUGAGCAGGUCCUAGAAGGUGCACAGAAGAAAUUGCUGUUAGCUAAUGAAAAAGUGGAAGAGUUCACCAUAUUUGUGAAGGUUGUCUUUUCACUGUUGUUUGCUGUGUAGAAGCUUUUUAGUUUGAUAUAGUCCUACUUAUGUAUUUUGGAUUAUGUCAACAAGAAGCAAUUCUAGAACCCAGCCAGCAGCCCUAUCUGACUGCAGAGCUUAACCAGUGACCACCUGACCUUAUCAGUAUGGACAGCAGCUCUGCCCAACUGGAGAGCCUGACAGCAAGUACUGCCUACCUACCCAUGGAUGUUGUCUGCUGGCCGGUUCAGAUCCAAAGGUUGGACUGACUGGUGAACUAUUCCUGCUGAAGAAAACCUGUAAAGGCUGGAAGAAGUGGCUGCUUCCUUAAACGUGCUGACAGCAAUGCAAGGAUACAGGGAUUAUGAAGAAUCAUGGAAACAUGACAUAAUCAAAGGAAAAUAGUAAAGCUCAGUUAACCCUAAGUAAAUGAAUAUAUAAAAACUGACAACAAAUUCAGAUUAAUCCUCUUAAAGUCCAGUCAACUAUAAGAAAACAUGAUGGACAGCUAAAUGAAAUUAGGAAGACAACACAUGAUUAAACUCAGAGGUUCAACAAAGAAAUAGAAAAAAAACCCCACAGAAAUCCCAGAGAUAAGAAUACUAUGACUAAACUGAAAAAUUCAAUAGGGAUCUUCAAAGGCAGAGUUGAUCAAAUAUAAGAAAGAAUCAGUGAACUCAAUGGGAGGUCAUUUGAAAUUAUCCAGUCAGAAUAAAAGAAAGAAUGAAAUGCAGAAGAAAGCCUACAGGAACUAUGGGAUGCAAUUCAACAAUAUGUGCAUUAUAGGAAUUUCAGAAGGAGGAGACAGAAAAGGUAGAAAGUUUCUUUAAAAAAAAUAAUGGCUGAAACUUCCCAAAUUUGGUGAGAGAAAUGGACAUUCAUGAGACACAUUAUAAUUCCCAAAAGUUAAAGACAGAGAAUUUUGAAAGCAGCCAAAGAGAUUUAUCACAUACAAGGAAGGACCCAUAAUACUAUUGGUGAAUUUCUCAGUAGAAACUUUGUGGCCAAGAGGGUGUGGCAUGAUAUAUUGAAAGGAAAAAACCCUGCCAACCAAGAAUACCACAGUUAGCAAAUAUUUCCUUCAUAAAUGAAGGAGAUAAAAACUUUUCCGAACAAAUGAAAGUAGAGGGAAUUUAUGGUCCUUAUAAGGAAUGCCAAGGAGACGUAUUCAAGCUGAAAGGAAAGGACUCUGAUUAGUAAAGCUAAAUAUAGAGUUAAAAUCAGAGUCCUCUAAUAUUGUGAUGGUUUUGUAUAAAUCACCUUAACUCUCAUAUAAAAGUUUUAAUUAAAAUAUUAAAUAUAACUGUACAAUAAUUUUGUGAAUACACAAUAUAAAAAUAUAUAUUAUAACAGUAACCUAAAAUGUGAGGGAUUUAAAGGUAAAAAUAUAGAGAUUUUAUAUGCAAUUAAGGCUAAGUAGUUAACUGCUUAAAAUAGAAAGUCCUAACAUAUUUUAUGUAGACCUCAUGGUGGCCACAAAGGAAAUGUCUGUAGUAGAUCUAGAUAUACAUAAGUUUAACGGAAAGGAAUCAAAGCAUACCACUACAAAAAGUAUCAGAUCAUAAGAUAAGAUAGAAAGAGAGGAAUAAAGAGCAAAGAAACUACAAAACAGUAAGAAAAAAUUAACAAGAUAUAAAUAGGGAGACAGGGAGUCCUUCCCUGGUAAUAAUUUUAAAUGUAAAUGAAUUAAACUCACCAAUCAGUAGACAGUAGCUGAAUGGAUAGUUUUAAAAAUCCAGUAAUUUGCUGGCUAUAAGAGACUCAGUUCAGCUUUAAGGACCCACAUAGACUAAAAGUAAAGGGGUGGAAAAAAUAUUUCAUGCAAAUGAUGGCAGAAAGAGAGCACAAGUGGCUAUAAUUUUAUGAGGCAAAAUAGACUUAAGUAAAAAAUAGUCACAAGAGGCAAUGAAGGCCAUUAUAUAAUAUUAAAGGUGUCAAUUCAUCAAGAAAAUAUAAUAAUUAUAAAUAUUUAUGCACCAAACUUGGGAGCACUUAAAUGUAUAGAAAAAAUACUAACAGAACUGAAAGGAGAAAUAAACUGAUCCAAACAGUAGGGAACUUUAAUACCCUACUCUCAGUAAUGCAUACAUUAUCCAGAAAAUCCAUAAGGACUUAGCAGAUUUGAACAACACUAUAGACCAAAUGGACUGAACAUAUACGGAAUAUGCCAUCCAACAGCAGCAGGUUUGUAUUCUUCUCAAGCCUGAAGAACAUUUUCCAGGAUAGACUGUAUGUUAGGCCACAAAAUAUCUCAGCAAAUUUAAGAAGAUUGAAAUCAUGUCAAGUAUUUUUUAUUAUAAUAAUAUGAAACUAAAUAUCAAUUCAAUAACAGGAAAAUUGGAAAACUUAUAAAACUUAUUAAAAUAUGGACACUCUUGAUCAACCAGUAGGUCAAAGAAGAAAUCAAAAUGGAAAUUUAAAAAUACCUUGAGAGAAACAGAAAUGGAAACACAACAUACCAAAAUUUACAAGGUGAAACUAGAGCAUUUGUAAGAGGAAAUAUAGGUGUAAACACCUACAUUAAGAAAAAAUAAGCUUCUCAGAUAAACAACCUAACUUUAUGACUCAUAGAACUAGAAAAAGAAGAACAAACUAAGCUCAACUUUAGCAGAAAGAAAGAAAUAAUAAAGAUUACAGUGGAACUAAAUGAAAUAGAGACUAGAAGAACAAUAGAAAAGAUCAGUGAAACUAAGAUGAGGUUUUUUGAAAAAAUAAAUUGAAAGAUGUUUAGCUAGACUAACCAAGAUAAAAAGGGGAAUGGAGCUUCAAUAGUUUAUAAUAUUUCUAUACCUGGCUUGCUUCCAAAGAGAAGAGGCAGGGCUUAAUGAAGAGUAACACAGACAAGACCAAUCUGCAGGAAGCAGCAUUUCUCAUAGCAGCCAAGAAAAUACAUUAUUUACUUGUAAAACAACAGCAAAACAGUUCUAUAAUAAAAAUAGCCUGGCUAAUGGAAUUCACCAGUAAACAACUCCUAAAUUUAUAUGUAAUAUUUGAACAGCAUAGAAAAUAGCCCAAGCCCCUCCGCUACAUAACUUUCUAUAAACAAAUGGUCCAAGAAAAACUCUUCUUUCAAAAAUGAGUCCUGAAGAAGGAACCAGCACAGUAUCUGUACAAAUAUAUUAGAAUAAGGGUGGAGGAAAGAAAUAGGAAAAGUAAAGGCAGGAAAAUACAUUUCAACAGAGGUAAGUUGCAACAGAGCAGAUGAAAAUAUUUUACUAUGAAUUAAAAAUGUUAAUGAAAUAAUUUUCUCUUAAAAGUACCUUUGCAAGACGGAAAUAAAUGUAAAAUUGAUGGGAAAAGAUGGUGAGACAACAGGAACAGAUAAAAGGAUGCUGGCAGAUAAAGUGAUGGAAGUAAAAGAAAAUAAAAUUAUCUCAAAAAAAUGUUUUGAUGGUUUCGUGUGUAUAUAUUAAAGCUGAUCAAAUUGUACAUUUAAAUAUGUUGAACUUAUUACAUUUAAUUAUGCAUCCUACAGUAAAUAAAAGAAAAACUUACAGAUACAUAUGAUAAUGUGGAUGAAUCUUAAAAACACCAUGUUAAUUAAAAGAAAUCAGACAUAAGAAGAAAUGAAAUAAAAUGCACAGGCCUUAAGUAUUCAGUUUAAUAAGAUUUUUGACAGCUGUCUGGAUACGUACCCACCGCCUCGCUCACAAUACAUCUCAACUCCAAAGCUUCCCAUAAGGUAGCUUGAACCCUCUUUUGAAACUGCCAUGCAGUACAGCUUCUCCUGCCCAGUCCUGCCUUCCUAAGUUUCCUACAGUUGUUCCUAAGUGCACUCCCCGUAGAUAUACUGCACACAGAUCUGCAUCUCAGAGUCUUUUCUUCAGAAAUCCUACCUGAGACACUCCAAAAAGAAAAUCUCAAUUAUUCUGAAAGGUCAAAAUAGCAUGGAUAAUAUUCUAUUAAUAGUAUAAAUAGCAUCAAUGUUUAUAAAUACUAUGCAUAAAUAGUAGAGAAAAUGCAAUGAAACUACAAUUUAUUACAAAACUGGAAAAGGUAAGUCACUACCAUGUAGAUAUUAAACAGAAAAAUGCUUUUAAAAAUUCUUCGGUUAAGGAGAAAAUCUGAGCACGUUGCAGAAUAUCCCUAAAAGAAUAAUAUUCUGGGGCUGGGUGGGGUGGCUGAAGCCUGUAAUCCCAGCACUUUGGGAGGCUGGGGCGGGUGGAUCACGAGGUCAACAGAUCCAGACCAUCCUGGUCAACAUGGUGAAACCCCAUCACUACUAAAAAUACAAAAAUUAGCUGGGCAUGGUGGUGGGCGCCUGUAAUCCGAGCUACUCAGGAGGCUGAGGAAGGAGAAUUGCCUGAACCCAGGAGGCGGAGGUUGCGGUAAGCAGAGAUCACGCCAUUGCACUCCAGGCUGGGUAUCAAGAGUGAAACUCUGCCUCAAAAAAAAAAAAAGAAAGAAAGGAAAAAGAAAAAAGAAAAGAAUAAUAUUCUGUAAUUAUUGGAACCCAUAGGAUAAAGCUGAAAUGGUGAUCAAAAAAAAUUUGUAGCCUUAUAUAUUUAAUAAAUAAAAAAUCAGAAUAAACAUUCAGCAAAUGAAUUAAGAAAAAUAACCAGAAUCUAAAGAUUAAAAUAGAAAUUAAUAUUUGUAAAAUUAAUCAAUACAAGAUUUUUUGGAAAAUAAAAUAAAAAGCAAUAAAAUAGAUAAACCUUUAACCUACCUACUUAAGAAAAAAAGAAAGCACAAAAGCAGAACCAUACAAAUAAGAAGUGGUAAGUGAACGUAAUCCUAGACCUAGAUGCAGGAAAAACAAAAUCGUGGCGGACUACUUAAUUCUCUUCAAAUAAAUUUGAAACCCUAAAUGAAAUGGAUAAAUUUCUAGGAAAAUAUAAUGCACCAAAACUCACUCCAGAACAGAUAGAAUAUCAAAACUAAUUGUCAAAAAGCUGCCUUCCGCUGUAAUAAAUAUGAGUCCAAAUGCAACUAAGUGAUACCACAUCAAUAAAGAGCAGAUAAAUUCAAUCUCAUUGAAACUACUAUAGAACAUGGAAAAAGAAAGAUAUAUUCCAAACUUUUCUGGAGUAUUGUGUCAAAUAAAAAUGAACAAAUCUCAUAUUAGUGCAGAAAAUUUAGAUAAAAUAUUGGCAGAUAAAUUUGGCGGCACACCAAAAAAUUGUGCCAAAACCAGGUACAGUUUAUUCUAGAAUGCAAGGAUAACUCAAUACUAAGAAAAUUACCAAUAAUCCUUUUAAUAGAUUUAUGAUAGAAAACAAUGAUAGCCUAUAUAGAUGCUAGAAUGGAUACUUAAGAAAAUAUUCAUUUCUGUAGGAAAUAAAAUAUAGUUACUUCCAGUUACUUUCUUAGUAUAUUAAAAUAGGCUAAAUCAAAUCAAAAGCUGGUAUAGUGUUUUCCAGGAAACAGAAGGACUUCACUAAAAUCAGGAACAAGUCAAGUAUGUCCAUCCAUAAGACUGUUUAGUAUCACUCAAGGGGAACUUAAUAACCAGGGAAAUAAGAAAGGAAAAGUAAAUUAGAGGUAUAAAGAUAAAAGAAAAGGAGAUAAAAUAAUCAGUCUUUACAGUUAGUUGUUUGAAUUCCUAGGAACAGGAAUCAACUGAAAAACUCCUAUAAAAAAAUAGGAAAAAAUAUAUAAAAUAAAAUGCCCGGAAAUAAACUAGAUCUGUACAGAGCAAACUUUAAAACAAUCCUUUGAAACACAGAUAAAGACCUAAACAAAUGGAAAAGAAUACCAUAUUAUUUGAUUAGGAAGACACAGCAUUCCAAAAUGUCAACAUGAUCCAAAUAAAAUUUAACAUGAUGGAAAUAAAAUUACCAGUAAGACAUUUUUAAGGGGCAGAGAAUCUACACAAGCUGACUGUGAAAUUCAUAUGGAAAAUCAAAUAAGCAAAAACACCAAGAAAAAUCUGAUGUAGAGGGGUAAUAAGAGAGAGAUAGCCUUGACCAAUGUUAAAAUUUUAAAUACAGCAUUAUUAGUUAAAAUAUACUCAAAUGUAAAACUUUAAUAAAAAGAGAGGGAUCAGAAUAGAAAGCUCAGACACUGACAUAAAGAUUUAUGAAAUCACUGGGAGAAAGAUGGACUAUUUGCCAAGUGGUGACGGGACAACUGAGUAUGAUUUUAUGUAAUAAUCUUCUAAGUGAUUACAAAUGGAUACAAAAAUUUUCACUGAAAAAUAAUAAAAGCAAAACAAAAGUUGUGGUUUGAAAGUAUUUUCUGUGUACUUCAUUGUGGAUAAUGCUUUUUAAAGUAUCCACUAAAUUCAAAAGUGUGGGAAAGGAAAAGAUUCAUUAAUUUGAGUACAUACAAAAUUAAAAAUAUUUUUCUUUGACAUUACUGUCAAAAGAAAAAACAAAUUAUGAAAAAAUUGAAAUAUAUACAAUAGGCAAAUAUGAUUUCUCUAAUAUAUAAAAAACUGUAAAUCCCUAAGAAAGACAAAAAAUUACAAAGAAAAUAUAAUUUCUUAAGGCUGAUGUUCAACUUCGUUUAUAGUGAGAGAACGGAAACUAAAAUACAGUGAAAAAACAAACUACUCUGAAAUAACAGUGGUAUUUUGCUAAGCAUGUGGAGAAACAGAUACUUUCAUUCAUUAUUUGUGAAGAUAUAUAUUAGUACUAUCUUGAAUGGAGAACAGGGAUAGAAUUAAGUAACAGCUGUCAAAAUUAUGCACGCCGUUUGAUUCAGCAGUUUCAAUUCUAGCCAUAUAUCCUAGAGAUGCAAAAUUAAUAUCUGAGUGCCAUUAUUUAUUGUAACACUGCUUAUGCUAGCAAAAGAUUAGAAACAGCCCCAACAUGUAACUAACCUGUUCUCAUUGUCACAAAGCCAUGAACUGAGGCACUCUGUCCAACCAGAUCAAGGAGCAACUUUUUGUUACCCACACAUAGGUGUGGUAUGAGCUAGCAUUUACUGAUUUCUCAAAGGGGCAACUUAAAGGCUUGUGAAGCAAUCCUUGAUUUUUUUAAUAAUUUUUCUUCAAUCAUUUAUUGUUGUCUUGCCCACAGAUAACUUACCACACAUAAUUAAACUUUGAUCCCAUUUGUCUUUCUCAACUUCUUCUAAAGCAUUUCUAAUCUAGUAUCUAUAAGAUAUAAACAGUUCUUUCUUCAGUAAUCUUUCAUUGGUUUAUGUAACAAUUAAAUGAAUUUUGCAACUAACCUGUUACAAAUAAUAUAUGCACAUUGAGGAAUAAGUAGAACCUGACUCUUGGUGUUAGGUCAACUAGUGGAAGUAGUUGUGCCUCUGGCAUGAUUAAAAAUAGCCUGCCUGCUGUAAGCACUCACCAAGUAACAUAUCAUUGGUAUAUCUGAAAGAGAGGUGGGGGGGCUUUGUUUAAUCUGGGAAGUUGGUUAAGUAUUUAUUGAAGAGAAUUUUUAUUGCAUACUGACAGUAAGUAAAGAGCAAUCUGCUAUAUUCCAAAAUAAUUAAAAUCAGAGUAAUCCUCAUAAAAAAAGAUUUGUUAGUAUCUUCACACUUGUAUGUUAUUACUGCUUUGUCUUUAUUAUGACUUCCAUAUAAGCUCAGU